UUAUGGGUCCUGGUUACGGAAGCCGGGGAAGGCUGAGAGCACAGUCUACCUGAAGGAGUUAGCUGCCAAAACGUGGAUAGAAGUGUAGAACCGGUGUCUCAGGCCUAAUGGCGACUGUGGGCGCAAGCGGCAACGAUGGGAAAGGGCAAGGGGUGGAGACCCCUGUCACCUAUUUCCGUUUGGAGGAGGUAGCGCAGCGGAACACCUCGAAGGAGACGUGGCUGGUGAUCCACGGGCGAGUCUACGAUAUCACCCGAUUCCUUAAAGAGCAUCCUGGCGGAGAAGAGGUUCUGCUGGAACAAGCUGGUGCAGAUGCAAGUGAAAGCUUUGAAGAUGUAGGCCACUCCUCUGAUGCCAGAGAAAUGCUAAAGCAGUACUACAUUGGUGAUGUGCAUCCGAAUGACCUUAAACCUGAAAGUGGUAGCAAGGACCCUUCAAAAAAUAGCACCUGCAAAAGUUGCUGGGCAUACUGGAUUUUCCCCAUCAUAGGCGCUAUUCUCCUAGGUUUCCUGUACCGUUACUACUACACGCCGGAGAGCAAAUCCUCCUGAGGAGGCCUUGUUGACGUCUGGAAAGCGUACCCACUUGGGAUUGAAAACUAGAGACUUGAUUGGAGGCUGCAGUGAUGCCCUGUUCCCAGAUCCUGCCAGUUGUAUUCUUCCCCCUUGGAGCCCAGACGGUUAGCCACACAUCCACCUCAGGCCUGGGAACAGUGUCCUCCUUUCUCAGAGCCUUAUUUCCAAAGCACCUGCUCCCUGUUCUGUGUCCUUACCAAUUCACUGGUUUCCACGAGCACCUUUAUAUUACAAAGUUUUCUGUUAAUAGCUGCAAUCCUAGUGACGUUGCCCUUUGGUAAAAAUGCACAUGAGGUGCAUUUUUUACCAACAGCAGCAGCACACUCUGGUUUCGAAGAUUUUCUUUUUCCACUUUUCUUUUAAGUAGAUAUUAUUAUUAUUUUAAAAUUCUGACUUAAUUUUAUCUGCCAUAAGGGGUUUAAUUCAUGGAGUAAGUUGUACACUUGCAACUUAAAACACAACUGCCAAAUGAUCUUGUUCCUCGUUUAUAGUUGUUAAAACUAGAAAGAGCCAUGUGAUCGUCUCCCCCCUCCCCAGCUAGUGCAGCGGGUGGCUCUUGCCACCCCUUAGUCCACUGUGUGGUGCUGGACAGAACUGUGCUUUCCUUUCAUUUCUCAGAACAGAGACACACAGGGAAGGGGAGCCGUGAACAGAGGGAUAGGGAGAGUUCAUAGCCGUCUUUCUUUGGAAAAAUAUUGAGAAACACUGCUAGUGCAGGAGCCUGGAAAAAGCACCAAAGACUUCGUCCUUUACUUUGGUUUGGCACCAGUUCCUAGCCAUCUUUUUUUCUUAGUUUUCCUUUCUCUCAACCAUCUUUCUCAGUAAAAUAUAAACUUGUAAUUAUGUCUGUAGAGCUUAACCAGGGAUUUUUGCUGCUUUUUUUGCUUAUUGGUUAGCAAUUUUUUAUUCCCUGUUUUCAUGAGAGUAAGACUCCAAAAUGAUCAGAGAUAUAAUAUUUGAUCUUCUGUUUAUCCAGUAACUUGAAAUGGGGGGUGGUGGCAAGAGAAUGUUUUUCAUUUCAUCUGUUUUUUACCCCCAAGGUUCUAGUUUGUGGUUGUGUUAUUUUUCUCUUGAGAAUAAAAAUCUUGUAGUUUUUUUUUUUUCCUUGGAAGAGUGUUUCAUUGAAGAGUAGAUUACUACUUAGAAUUAUGUUGCUGUUUCUUCUUGGUUCAGGAAUUUCUUUGGCAUAUUCACCUUUAUUUUUUUUCCCUGCGGAAGCACCUGAGGAGACAGUCCACUACCUGUUUUCUGCCUGCCACUGGUUGGGGUGGUUUUUCUCCUUGUCCUCUGAGGGUUACCAGUCUGCCUCUGAGCCAUUGUCAUAUGCAGCAGGGAGCAGUGUGGCUCCAGAAGGACCAUGGGCACUUGGUCUCUCCUCCUGCUUUCUGCUUGCCAGGGACUUGACAAGACAGGAAACUGCCCGGCACACCAGUGUCUGCCCAUGCAAACUGUUUAAGAAAAAGUUCAACCCAGGUCUUAUAUCCUGUGAUUUUGCAGUUAGUGAACUCAGAAUUCAUCAAAAUAUGACCCAUUUUUGCACACUUGGAUAUGAUACUAUGGAGUGAUUUCGAAGGAUUUCUGGCUGACUUUUAUUAUCAGGGAUAUGGUCUAGUCAAACUUUUAUCAUUAGAAAAUGUUUUCGUAUAUAUUAUAAGGUGGCACAGUAAGACAGUUUAUUGAAAACAACAAUCUUUGGUUGUGUAGCAAAAUUGGCAUGACUGCCGAUGCUCCUUUAUUUGAAGGCAAGGAAGAGAUGCCUUGAGUAAGAGUUUGUAUGUAAUUGCUGUGCUGUGAGUUGCACGAUUGCAUGGGACCAUGCUGAGCAGAAGUAAAGAACAAAGGAGCAUUGAGGAGCUGGAAAGAGAACAUUCAAGCUAAGACUAAGCCGGAAGAUAACUUGGAUCGAUCACAAGUGUAUUGGCAGUCUCCAAAAUUGAAUGAAAAACAUCUGGCUUAUAAGAAACAUUAAAGAACGAUAGUCUUAAGUAAAACUGGUGUUUUUAAUAUUUUUUUAGUGUAAACACCAAUGCAAAUGGCAUGUUUUUCUAUUUCAUAUUGGUUGUCUUUUCCUGUUUAUAUCUGGACUUGUUUUUACUCAGAGCCAGAGGAAAAGAUUUUCAGACUUUGUCUCUACCAUCCAUGAAAUUCAUCCAAUACCCAGGGCUUCUUUUGAUCUGCUAAUGUGAUGUCACUUUAUAUUAUGAAAACAACUUCUGGGUCUGUUUGCUAUUAUUCCGCUGCCUACACAAACAACCAGGUGAAAGGUAGAGCUUGUGUGAAAAUUUGAAGAGGUUUUUCUAAACAAUAAAGUAAUACAGCGUGUUAGCCAAAUCCAUCAAAAAGGACUUCUGUUUUAAGAAGUAGACUUGAAUUCUCAAAACAGUCUCUAUAUUGGUAGAUCGUGAAAACCCUUCUGGAGCAAGUGGGGCCUGCCCCUGCUGGGUGACCGGGCCCCAGAACCGCUCUCUGGGGUGUUUGGUUGUUCGUUCCCAAGGAUGAUUAGCAGCUGCUGCACACCCUGCUGUGCACAUGAUGGCUGGGGAUCUCAAAGGAAGAUGAGGGGGAAUUUGUGCCACCAAAAUAGGUUGUACCGGUCUCCAAAAUUUCUUGGCCUGCUGUGCUUUUAAGAAUUGGUUUUGUUUCCAAAUAACUUCUACAUUUGUAAAGACAAAAAAAAAUACUGUGUUUAGUCCUUAUGUGACUGCUUAAACAGAAACAAAAACCCAUUAGAACAUAUAAUUUGGCUCUAUAAAGUUCUCUGCGUAGUUGUCAUAAAUGCAUAUGUUGUGAAAUGAGAGCAUUGUUGAGCUUAUACUCAUUUAGUUCCCAUGUGGAGCCAUGAAAAAUGCUUUUUAUAGGCCAGGUGUAUCAUUACCCAUGGUAUCUCGUGCUUGUAAUCUCAAGUGAUAGCUAUCUGGUUACAUUCCAUUUUAGGAAAUUAAAAUGCAAAAUGUUAAUGUUUAUUAUGUCCUUCCCCAGGAGAAAUGGAUUUAGAUAUGUCUUGUCUCAACAAGAAAUUGAUUCUUUUUAAACUAUUUUAUUUGGUUGUUAAAUAUCACAAAAGUAAUGGGGAGUUUGGUCACAUUGGGCUGUUGUGUUCUGAAAGAACCCAGUGGGGAAUUUAUGGGGUGAUCUCAGAGGAAGGUUCCAAGAAGCGGAGCUGAACUUGUUACCCACCCUACAUGUAGCCUCUUCCUCAUGAGUUUUAGGAGCUUCUCUUUGCCUGCAUCUAUAUUCUACAUUCGCUAUUUUGACAAAACAUUAUUGUGAUUAUUUGACUUUCUUUUUACUUCAUCCUCCACUGUGAACAAGUAAUAUUAACAUUCCUUUUGUGUAUUCAAUAAUGCAGUUUGUUUACCUAUUUUAUUUCAACAUAUUUUGAACAAAGAUCUUUGUCUCUUUCUGCUGGAAUGUGCACACAGUGAAUGUUUGUUAGAGCCACUCACAAUAAAGAUAUUGUUUUCA